AUGAACGCUCACGUCGACUUGAGUGCACCCAAUCGCAUUGACAUUACAGGGGACGACUGGAAGGACAUUGAACCCAAGGAAGUUACCAAGAGGGCAGUUGCUAAGUAUGCAGUCGCCAAGUAUUUCAACAAUGCACUCACCGAUAUAGAACAUAAGGACGACAAGGAACAAAGUGGCGACAGGAAUGAUUUAAAGGUAGUGGGACUCGGAACCGGAUCCACAGCCACGUGGUUAGUCAAGGAACUGGGUAUUUUGUUGAGACAAGGUUCGUCCAACAUCAACCGACUUAAGUUCGUAUGCACCAGUCAAGACACGGUGACGAAGGCUAGGGCCGAGGGACUACAGGUAGUGGAAGUGCAGGAACUUGGCACGAACCCUUCGGUGGAUCUAGCAAUAGACGGUGCCGACGAGAUAGACCCAGCGGCCAACAUCAUCAAAGGACGAGGUGGUGCGCUCUACCGCGAGAAAUUGAUAGAACUACUAGCGAAGCGGUUUGUGGUGAUUGCUGACAGCUCAAAGCUGGUACAAAAACUUGGAGCUGGGACCCUGCCCGUUGACAUCGGUACCUGGAGCACCAACGCCAUCAUGCAGCGCGUCGAACGUGUUUGCCACACACUUCAAGGACCAGUCUCAAUGACCAUCCGGAACAAUCAAGACGAAGAACCCUUCCGAACGGACGACGGCAAUUACGUGCUAGACGUCACGUUCUCGAACGGAAUCUCGGAUCCAGUACAACUCUGUCGGGAACUCAAAACGAUCAACGGAGUCAUUGAGACAGGUCUCUUUGUGCAAAUGAACCCAGAAGUAUUCACUGCUCGACAACUAGACUCCUCCACUGUCCAAAUCUCGCAACUUAACUAUUAA